UGUCAGUCACGGUGCCCUUGCCACCUACUUCCGCACUGUUUCAGAGGCGGUGUACUCUUCGAUUGUUUGUUGUUACUGGAGCAUUCAUUUGGCCGCAAUUCACAGGUUGUGUGUUUGGCUGUCUGUGAUGCUUGGAGAGAGGCUGGGCUGCAGGGACAGGCCGAUGGUGGAGACAUGACUUCUGAGUAACGCAUAGUUACUUUCUCUGCUCAGUAUGAACAGCGAGGAAGAGUUUUACGACGCUGAGACAGGACUGGAGUCAGAUGAUUCCUGUGAGGUCAGUUUUAAAGAUGCCCUAGUGUUUGACAGUAAGCCGGUGACUGAUGGCAGUGCCACACAUGAGAAUGGGGUGUGGGAGCGCAGGAAAACUCUGCCUGCUGAAAUGAUCUCCCGGAACGAUUACAGUGUUUGGAGUAUACUAAAGAAGUGCAUCGGCAUGGAGCUGUCUAAAAUUGCGAUGCCAGUUGUGUUUAACGAGCCGCUGAGCUUUCUCCAGAGAAUGUCAGAGUACAUGGAGCACACUCACCUCAUUCACAAAGCCUGCAGUUUGCCUGACUCAAUAGACCGCAUGCAGGUUGUGGCUGCGUUUGCUGUUUCGGCUGUAGCAUCUCAAUGGGAAAGGACUGGAAAGCCAUUUAACCCUUUACUGGGGGAAACAUUUGAACUCGUAAGAGAGGACGAGGGCUACAGAUUGAUCUCCGAGCAGGUGAGCCACCACCCCCCUGUCAGUGCCUUCCACGCCCAGUCUCUGAAGCAGGAGUUUGAGUUUCACGGUUCCAUCUACCCGAAACUCAAGUUCUGGGGGAAAAGUGUGGAGGCUGAGCCCAAAGGUACCAUGACCCUGGAGCUACUGAAACAUAAAGAAGUAUACACAUGGACAAACCCGAUGUGUUGCGUGCAUAACAUCAUCUUAGGAAAACUCUGGAUUGAGCAAUAUGGAACCGUGGAGAUAGUCAACCAUAGCACGGGAGAUAAGUGUGUGUUGAACUUCAAACCAUGUGGCAUGUUUGGGAAGGAGCUGCACAAAGUAGAAGGUCAUAUCCAAGACAAAAGUAAGAAAAAGCUGCGAGUGCUCUAUGGAAAGUGGACAGAGUGCAUGUACAGCGUGGAUCCCAAGGUUUACGAAGCGCACAAGAAGUCAGAGAAGAAGACGGGGGCUGACUCAAAAAAGCCGAAACAGGAACAAACUUGUGAAGGUGAGGAGGCCGACGAUAUGCCAGAAGUUCAAGAGACUGUGACUGUGAUACCAGGAAGUGCCUUACUGUGGAAGAUAGCGCCACGGCCUGCUCACUCAGUACAGAUGUAUAACUUCACGAGCUUCGCCAUGACACUAAACGAGCUUGAGCCAGGCAUGGAGAGAAUACUGGCACCAACAGACUGCCGGCUGAGGCCCGACAUCAGAGCCAUGGAAAAUGGAGACAUAGACACAGCGAGUACAGAGAAAGAGCGGUUAGAGGAGAAACAAAGGGCCUCGCGCAGGGAACGCUCUAAGGAUGAGGAGGACUGGAAAACCAGGUGGUUUCAGCUGGGAAUAAACCCUCAUACAGGAGCUGAGGAUUGGCUGUACGCAGGUGGAUACUUUGACAGGAUUUACACUGACUGUCCCAACAUUUAUUGACACAGACGUGCGCUGUGAGAAGAUCUCCCCUCUGAUAGGAUUCACUUUAUUUCUCAGCAUCUAAGAUUUGUGUCUUUGUGACUUCCAGACGCUCACUGGUACUGUGUCUUUUGUGUGAAUCAAUGAAGAGCAGAUUUCAAAAAACAGUUUAUCAGAUUAUGACUGUGAACCUUGUCCACGCGAGAAAUGUUAUAUUAAGAACAUUUUUUUUUUAGAGUUUACUCACAGUAAUUGUUGACAUGAAACAUCUCCAUCUUUAUAUGCCCUAAUUAUGAUUGUGACAAUAAUAGUCCACAUAUAUGUUAAUCACCUGUCGAGGGUUUUAAAACAGUCACCUGACCAUGCUGCUGCUGCUGCAGGACACAAAUCUCUGACUUCUAGAGGAUAAAUUGUCAGUUUUAGUUCAGGUACUCAACCAUAAUCUUAGCUGUAGACAAACCACACACUUAUGUAUAGUUGCAUCCAAAUAUCAGGGGUUAUUUAAACACAUCUCUUACUUUUAUAUGUAAUAAAAGUAAAUUAUAGUAUAAUUUGAAUAUUAGAUGUCUAUUUUAGUUAGCUGUAAACAUCCCUAAAAAGUCAUAAUUUUCUAUGAAUAGAGACUGGCAAUAGAGAUGAAAGCUGUUUAUAACCAUGUUUACUGGCACAGUAAACGGAUAUUGUUUGGUACAUUAUAUUGUUGUCCACUGUAACAUACUAGAUAAUGUGUAUAAUAAUUGGUGCAUGCAUGGUCACCAAGGUGAUUAUUUACACAAGUUAAAGCCAUAAAAACCUUCUCUGCACUAAGUUUAAUAGUGUAAAAGCAUUCACAUAAAACGUUAGAGCAAAGGGACACAGAGCAUAAUGGUGGUUUUCAAGGUCUGAUACUAUAAGAGCCAUGUUGAUGGGACAUCCUGAGCCUUAGUACAGUCAAAACAACAAUAAUCCUAUUAUCCUUUGUAUUACUUCCAUUUGAGGUGUAAUCCUGCUCUAAGUUUUGGAACUACAGAUCACAUAAUUGAGAGGAGGUAAACAGGAAGUAGAAUCUUGCCAUGCAGUCAGUUAGCUAAUUAACUGUAGGCUACAACUUGAUCCUCAUUCUUUUUAGCUUGUAUUUGUUUACAUUUUGGCAAAUUGGCACCAUUUAAAAGUGUUCCGAAUUAGCUAUUAGCAGGUCCUGUUUGCAAUGUACCCAAGCAUGUACGGACAACUAUCACUGGAUUACUUUGAUAUUGAAGACAAUUUAAAAAUGUGAUGUUUCUCAGGCAAGUUCUGGAGUUGUAAGAACUGUCUUUAGUAUGGGACUUCUAAACAGGUUUGUUUGCAAGAUAAAGAUUACCCCCGCGAAGUGUAAGCCACAUUGAAACAAAAAAUAUGUGUUAUAUGUUUUUGACUGAGUAAUGACUCCGAGAAGAAGUUGGAAUUGUGAGGCAAAUUGUGGCUCACGUCUCUCCCUCCGCCUCACAGCUUGAAAACCUCCGGCUUAAAGAGAAGGCUGUUUCAUACCGACUCCUGAUCAUAGCCAUUUGUCUUCACACAUGGACAAGUAACUCUGAAUGUUCAGAGUUUCCAGUUUGAUGCCUUGAGUCAUUUUUCCAUCAAUCAAAGCUUUUGUUUUCGGACACGGCAGCAGCACAUAAAACAGGGCAUGGUAGCCGUCAUAAACCUAUGCAAACUGCUCCACCCAGUCUGUCCUUCUGAAAUGUGAAACAAAGAUAAAACACUCCUCUUUAGCUUCUAGCCAAUGUGUGCUUCAGACACUACAGAGGCAGGUAAUGAAUGUUGUGUGCUGUUAAUAUAACUCUUACAUAGAUAACAUGCAUACAGCAGUGCGGGUUGUUAGCCAGUAGAGAGAUGUUACUUUUUGUUUCCAAGCACUAACCUUGAAUAAACUGCACAUUUGAAUGCUCACAGUCCAAUGCACAUAUUGUCUCGUGAAAUAUCCUACAUCAUGUCUUCUCCCAUCUGCUCUUUACUUUACUCUGAAUUUAAAGCACUUUGAGAGGCCAGCAGACACUCAAAGGUGCAGGUUUGGUCUGAUGGUUCUCCUGAUCUCAUACUCUUUACCCUCUUGUUUGUCUAGCAUCUAUUUGAAAAUGUUUACAUUGUAUGUUCAUUGAUCUCUUGUUUCCUCCUCAUACUGUUAUCCACACACAACCAUAUGCAUUCAUGGCAUAUUUGAGAAAUAAAUUAUGGACUAUUAAAACUACCAGCCCUGUCAGUGUUUGCCAAUCAAGAUUUUUCUUUCAGUAAAUCAGUUUCACACUUUAUACCAUCUUGUGACACCAGUGUGUGUUAUAAAAACCAGUGGUUCCAAACAGAGGGGUCACAAGAUGAUUUAAAGAUGAUUUACUUUUUUCAGAUUUUUUUUCUAAUCUUAGUCUGGAUGCCUUUAAAAUGAUACAAAAGAGACAAUCUGAGUGGGGAAAACUACUUGUGACUUGAUGACCAUAAGGUCUCUACUGUAAAGAAAUAAAAAAUCAACUGUAAUUUA